AAUUUCCUUCCACGAACUCCACCUGAUGCAAUAAGGCGAUAUCCAGUGUAGUGAACCAAAAUUGUUUGAGUAUAAAAGGAUUUGGAAUCCUUAUUCCAAGCACAGUUCAAUCAGUCUCUUUGAAUAGUAAACACACUUUUCUAAGCACAAUGGCAUUCAAGUUCGUGACCUUCCUCGCCCUGGUGGCCGUUGCCCGUGCUGGAGUCAUCUCAGGGCCAGCUCUAUCCUACGCUGCUGCUCCAGCUCUGUCUUACGCCGCUGCUCCAGCUUCUCUGGCUUACUCGGCACCACUUGCCAAGACUGUGUCCUAUGCCGCUCCUCUGGCCACCAAGACCCUCGUCGCCGCCCCUCUGGCCAAGACUGUUGUUGCCGAUGAGUACGACCCACAUCCAGAAUACUCUUACUCGUACGGAAUCUCCGAUGCUCUGACCGGUGACCAGAAGGAACAGCACGAAUCCCGCAGCGGAGAUGUUGUCCAGGGAUCUUACUCGCUGGUUGAUGCUGAUGGUUACAAGCGUACCGUUGACUACACCGCCGACCCAAUCCACGGAUUCAACGCUGCUGUCCGUCGUGAACCUUUGGGUGUCAAGGCUGUUGCUCCAGUCGUUGCUGCCAAGACCAUUGUUGCCCAACCUGCCUAUGCCGCUUAUGCUGCCCCAGUUGCCAAGACCAUCUCCUAUGCUGCCCCAGCUGUGACCAAGACCCUGGUCUCGCAGCCAGCUUAUGCCAGCUAUGCUGCCCCUCUGGCCGCCAAGACCAUCAUCUCCCAGCCAGCUUAUGCCAGCUAUGCCGCUCCUUUGGCCGCCAAGACCAUCAUCUCUCAGCCAGCUUACUCCAGCUAUGCUUCCCCAGCCCUGUACCACUAAUUCAUUGAAUGUCUGAGCAACUGAUUGUUAUGUUCCUUAAUUUAUUGCAACCUGAAUGAUGAAAAAAUAUAUUUUUUUCUUAUGAGUGAAAC